CUGCUUUGUUCCAUUACAUUCAGUUUUUCGAUUUUGACGACGGUUGUCAACGAGUUGUAGCAAGCACUUUUUAGUAAAGCGAAAGGAAAUAAUAAUAUUAAAAAAUGGAAAGUGCGGGGAAACAAGAUAAUAACGCCACGCAACAGUUGCCGCAGCGACAGCAGCGGGGAAACCAGCAGGCCAACAAAAAUCUCGGCAAGCAUAAUGCACAAAAACAAAAUGAUUCCGCGGAUGGAUGUCCGGCUGAAAAGAAGCAACGAUUCGGUGGUCCAAAUGCCCAGAAUCAAAACCAGAACCAGAAUCAAAAUGGUGGUGUAACCGGUGGUGGUGGUGCAGUUGGUGGCCCCAAUCAAAAUAAGAAUUUUGGAAACAACAAGGGUGGGUUCGCUGGAAACCGCAAUCGCAACAACAAUCGCGCUGGAAACCAAAACCGGACUUUUCCAGGCAACAACAAUUCAAAUCAAAAGCCGAAUAACGAAAUAUCAAAGGCGGACGGUCCCAAUGCACUUGCUAAGAACAAUGAACCGGCAACUGCAGCUGCUGGCCAAAAUCAAGCGAAUCAGAACGCCAACAAGGGCCAAAAUCAACGGCAAGGACAAAACCAAAAUCAAAAUCAAGUCCAUGGUCAAGGAAGUCAAGGAGGACCAGGAAAUCAAGGAGGAGCAGGCAAUCAAGGAGGCCAAGGAAAUCAAGGAGGAGCCGGAAAUCAGGGAAAUGGUCAAGGAUUCAGAGGUCGCAAUGCUGGUAACAAUCAAGGUGGCGGUUUCUCCGCAGGUCCGCAGAACCAGCAGCGUGACAACCGAAACCGCAGUGGUCCACGCCCUGGCGGAGGUGCAGGUGGCACGAUGAACAGCACCAAUAUGGGUGGUGGUGGUGGCGGUGGAGGCGGCGGUCCGCGCGGCGGUGAAGACUUCUUCAUUUCCCAGCGGUUGCGCAGCAUUUCUGGGCCCACCUUUGAACUGGAGCCGGUGGAAGUGCCCACGGAGACGAAGUUCUCUGGACGAAAUCGUCUCUAUGUGGGCAACCUGACCAAUGACAUCACCGACGAUGAGCUGCGCGAGAUGUUCAAGCCAUACGGCGAGAUUAGCGAGAUCUUCUCGAACCUGGAUAAGAACUUUACAUUCCUAAAGGUCGACUAUCAUCCCAAUGCCGAGAAGGCUAAACGCGCCCUCGACGGAUCGAUGCGAAAGGGUCGCCAGUUGCGUGUACGAUUCGCACCGAAUGCCACCAUUUUGCGCGUGAGCAAUCUCACACCGUUCGUUUCCAACGAGCUGCUGUACAAGUCCUUCGAAAUCUUUGGUCCCAUCGAGAGGGCCAGCAUCACCGUCGACGAUCGUGGCAAGCAUAUGGGCGAGGGCAUAGUUGAGUUUGCCAAGAAGUCAUCGGCCAGCGCCUGCCUGCGGAUGUGCAAUGAGAAGUGCUUCUUCCUGACUGCAUCCCUUCGACCGUGUCUGGUCGAUCCGAUGGAGGUGAACGACGACACCGACGGACUGCCGGAGAAGGCGUUCAACAAAAAGAUGCCCGACUUCAACCAGGAGCGUAGCAUUGGUCCGCGCUUCGCCGAUCCCAAUUCGUUUGAGCACGAGUACGGUUCGCGCUGGAAGCAGCUGCACAACUUGUUCAAAACCAAGCAGGACGCACUCAAACGCGAACUGAAAAUGGAGGAGGACAAGCUGGAGGCUCAGAUGGAGUACGCACGCUAUGAGCAAGAAACUGAACUGUUGCGUCAAGAGCUGCGAAAACGCGAAGUUGACAACGAGCGCAAGAAAUUGGAGUGGGAGAUGCGCGAGAAGCAGGCCGAGGAGAUGCGCAAGCGCGAGGAGGAGACCAUGCGGCGGCAUCAGACCGAGAUGCAGAGCCACAUGAAUCGCCAGGAGGAGGACAUGCUCCGGCGGCAGCAGGAGACACUGUUCAUGAAGGCGCAGCAGCUCAAUUCGUUGCUGGAUCAGCAGGAGGGAUUUGGUGGCGGCGGCGGUAACAACUCCACUUUUGACAACUUCGCUGGCAAUAGCAAUUCGCCAUUCGAGGUUUUUAGAGGCAAUAACAAUAACAAUUCCACAAUGAUUGGAAACAAUGCUGCCCCCAACACACAGGACUCCUUCGCUUUUGAAUUUGGGGUUAACAAUAUGAACCAAGGCGGCAAUCAACGUGGAAAUAAUGGCGGAGGAAAUAAUGUCCCAUGGGGACGUCGACGUUUUUAGACACUGGAUCGAUCGAACAAUAUACAAUACAUAUAAGGAUGAGAUUUGACGUACUCUCAAAUAAUUGAAUGCGUUUCACAUUUUAACUUGGCUCUCGCUUGUGCGCGCGAUCAGAAUGAACUUGCUUUAAAGGAUCCCUCUUAUCGCAUGCACCCAAAUAUGUUCUAAUUUAUUAUCAAUCGUCUAUCGAUCCUAAAUUUUAAGAGUAAGGACACGCAAAGGAUGAACCUUACAAAAUAGUAUACAAUCUGAAUCCAAAAGUGAAAGUGCAAUGCUGCAGCAAAAAGAAAAACGAAAUCAUUGCGUACAUAUACUUAAUCAUAGCGAUAAUUUAAGAUUAUGUAUGCGGCGAACUACAUUCUCCAGUAAUUUAAUUCUUUUUUGUCCACCAUUCAAAUUAAAUAUAUAUAAAGAUAUAUUCCUAAUCGAUUUAUUUGAACAUGAAAAA